AUGUCCACAACACCGCUUGGCUGGGCAGCACCAAGACCACUGUUGCUGGGGGAAGCCUUAGAGGACUUGUGCGCCUCGCACUACCUCACCCAACAUGUCUCCGAACCAACCCGCAAGAACAACACACUGGACUUAGUUAUAUCUGACCUCCCAGGUGCAGCAUCUGUCACCACUGGUCCGCCGCUUGGACGCUCAGACCAUGUCACUAUCUUAACGGAGUUCAAGACCGUACGUCCCCGCAAGGAGCAACCGGCCCUAAGAAUCGUCUGGCAGUACGCUAGAGCAGACUGGGGAAGGAUGCGCGCACAUCUUAGCCGCAUUAACUGGCCAACUGUCCUAUCAAAUGACCCUGACGCUGCUUGUGAAGCCCUCACAGGAAUUGUGCGUGAUGCCAUGUCUCAGUUUAUUCCCUCCAAGACCAUUAAAGUAAUGGCCACUGACCCGGUCUGGUGGACACCUGCCUGCCAACAAGCGGUGCACCUAAAGCAACAAGCCUGGAGAGUUUGGAGGCAAGACCCCGAUAGCUUGCAACAGAAAGAAACCUUCCUGGCAUCCGUUACACAUUGUGUGCAUGUUCUGCAACAUGCCCAACAGCAAUGCAAAGAGCGAGCUUCUAGAAAGCUGUCAUCUGGCUCCUUGCAAGACAAGCAAUGGUGGACAGCUAUUAAGCGAGCUGCUGGUGUUAGCCGCCAAAGCGAUAUACCUGUCCUGGUCGACAGAUCUGGACACGAGCACACCACUGCUAGGGAGAAAGCCGAGUGCUUUGCCCAAUACUUUGCCAUGAAGUGCAGCCUCGGCUCCAACGAUUUCUCUGCCUCUGAUCAGCUCCCUGCUAUGCAACUUGAUGCUACGGCACCUCAGAUCACAGCCAUCCACUUUCGUCCAGCCAAUGUCCGUCGUCAACUAGCGGCGCUAAAUCCGCACAAGGCCACUGGCCCCGAUGGCAUAUCAGCUAGAGUCCUCAAGGAAUGCCACAGGGAGCUGGCAGAGCCUGCUGCUCGCUUGUUCUCUUGCUGCUUCAGAGCAGGGGUCCAGGCCAGCUUCCUGGAAACUAGCCCAUGUGUCCCCAUACACAAGAAGUCCUCCAAGUCAAUUGUUUCGAAUUAUCGACCUGUGUCUCUCCUCAGCAUCCUGUCGAAAGUAAUGGAGAGUAUAGCCAACUCCCAGCUUGUCAACUUCUUGGAACGCCACCGUCUGCUGAAUACUCGUCAAUACGGUUUUUGUCGUGGCACCGGAGGCUGCAGACCUCCUGACUGUCCUACAGUAUGA